CCCCUUAGCAUUGUCCAUGCGCGGGACGCUGACAUUUAAGUUAUCAGAAACCAAAAUCGAAAGGAUCAGGAAAAAAGAAUCCAGCAAAAUUAAUAUGCGAAAAUCAAAAUCAAUCACACUCCUUCCAAUUCAUGACUCAGAACCACCACUUGAAUCCCUUGCAACCCUACUCCCGUUUUCAUGGACCAUGUUACUUCCAGUAUCAACCAAACAAGGAGAUAUGCUGGACGUCUGGUCUUGGAUAUGUGACCUCCCAAACUCCAAACAAUGGUCCGAAUCCAACUCCCCACUAUUCCUCGAACUUGCUAGCACCUCUGUUCCCUCUUCCAGUCAAGACAGGUCCACUGCAUCCAUCCAACUCAGGGCUGAACGGACCACCGCGUCCGACACCGAAACCAUCCUGAACUUCACCGUCUGCCUCCAAGGCUUUCCCUCCCUCAAUGCUACAAAGACUGUCUGGGUCUCUGACACGUGUCCCCUAUCUUCAGACAAACCCUUCCUCCCAUUGGUCCUCCAUCUCCUCCAAGAAAUCAUCAGCCGUUCACCCAUGUCACAUGACAUCACGUGUCCCAGGUCCCGGCUCCAAAAACUCAAACCCGACCCGGUUUCUUGGAUCAUGGAAACCCACUCACCUGAAUCCUUCUCGAGUUUCUUCAACUUGGUCUUCCUCACGCACCUGUUCUGGUUGUGUGUAUUCGACGCGCCAAGUGAAGUAGGGUCCUUGUAUUUCAAUUCCUGGCUGGGUCCAACCUCGAAGGCUUAACGUGUUUACACGCGCCGGUCAUGCGAACGUUCUUGAUAUCCAUCGGCGUUGAUGCGGAGCUGUGUUUCAUGCGCACCUUUGGGUACAUGUUAGCAAAAUGGUCUAUUUUAAGGGAGGUGGGCGUAGGAUUACAGACGUUAACCCAGGCUCGGUUUCAGCCUUUGGGCUUCUCGUAUGCUAACGAGGCCCAUGGGCUUUGGGUCAUGAAAGGAUACGCGCCGGUUUCGGGAAUGAAGCUCACGCGCAGUAACGGAAAAGGAAAUAAAUUUCCUGUUAUGGAGGCGGAGGAGUCGGUGCUGCGGUACGCGCUGGCGCACCAACAGCUGGAAGCGGUUAUCCAGUUGGAAUAUUCCGUCGGAUUCCAUGACGGCUACAUUCUUGUGAAUGCACGUGUUGAUAAUCUGCGGUUCCACGUGGCGAGAUUGGGGUUCAACAAGAACGACGAAGCGGAUUAUCAGGAAGAAAAGCACUUCCCGUCGAGGAUUCGGGUUUGGGUCGGCCCGGAGGUCGGGUCAACAUACGUCGCCGGACUGAGUUUGGGUCGAUCGACGGGGAAUGGGGAGCGAGAAGUGGAAACGCAAAGGAUUGUGAAAAGUAAUGUGGGGAAAUCGAAGGUGUCGAAGGUGAAGGCGAGAGCGAGGGUUUCGACGAAGACGAAGGUGAAGGACUGGAGGUGGGAGCAAGACGCGGAGGGGAACGCGGUGGUGUUCGAUGCUGUGUUGUGCAACAACGUCAUGGGUCAUGAAAUAGCGGCGGGUCUGGCGGCAUCUGGCGGUGGUGGUGGUGGGAAGUUUCAGAAGAGAUGUGGGGGAGCGGGUGGGGUGGUUUUUGCUGGAGAUGAGUACGGGGAGGGAGUGGGGUGGAGAUUGAGCAGGGAAAUGGAAGGGAGUGUGUUGAGGUGGAGAAUUGGAGGGCGUGUUUGGUUGAGUUAUUGGCCUAACAAUGUGAAGAGUUCGUAUUAUGAGACGAGGUGUGUGGAGUGGUGCGAUGAGGUUGAUCUGCCUCUGAUCCCUGGAAAAUGAUGUUAUUUAGAGAGGAAAACUAUCAUGUAAAUGUGUUUGGAAGUUUUUCUUUGUUCUACAGUGAAACUAUAUUGGCAAUGUUCUCAGAUUAUAUGAAUAUGAAUUUAUGUUUCCAAUACCAUACCAUAUCAUACAGUGAGUUGAAUUAAGAGGUAAAAUAAUU